GGGAACCGGGGACCGAGUCACUGCCGCAGCCCCUAUCGGGGAGCAGCCGGCAGGAAGGGGGCCGCCGGCCGGGGAGGGGGCCACACCAUGCCCAAAGUCUUCCUGGUGAAGAGGAGGAGCCCGGGGGUCUCUGUCCGCAGCUGGGAUGAGCUCCCGGAUGAGGAAAGGGCAGACACCUACAUCCCAGUGGGCCUGGGCCGUCUGCUCCACGACCCCCCCGAGGACUGCCGCAGCGACGGCGGCAGUAGCAGCAGCGGCGGCAGCAGCAGCGCGGGGGAGCCUGGAGGCGCCGAGAGCAGCUCGUCCCCGCGCGCCCCCGAGCGCGAAAUCCCGGAGCCUGGCGACGCAGAGGGCCCGGGUGGACACCUGGCGGCGAUGCAGCGCCCAGUCGCUAGGUCGAAAAUCAAGUUCACCACAGGCACAUGCAGCGACCCGGCGGUUCACAGCUGUGAGCUGUGUGGCAAGGGCUUCCGCCUGCAGCGCAUGCUCAACCGCCACCUCAAGUGCCACAACCAGGUGAAGAGACACCUGUGCACCUUCUGUGGCAAGGGCUUCAACGACACCUUUGACCUGAAGAGGCACGUCCGCACGCAUACAGGCAUUCGCCCCUACAAAUGUGACAUCUGCAACAAAGCCUUCACCCAGCGCUGCUCCUUGGAGUCCCACCUGAAGAAAAUCCACGGGGUGCAGCAACAGUACGCCUACAAGCAACGCCGGGACAAGCUCUACGUCUGUGAGGAUUGUGGCUACACGGGCCCCACCCAGGAGGACCUGUACCUGCACGUGAACAGUGCCCACCCGGGCAGCGCCUUUCUCAAAAAGACAUCCAAAAAACUAGCGGCUCUUUUGCAAGCCAAGCUGACGUCCACACUCCAGGGGAAUGUCACCCUGAGCGAGGAAGAGGAGAAGUGAGGAGGUGCAGGAGGAGGAGCAGGGAGAGACGCUCGAGCUGCCACGCUUACGGGGAUUUUUGGUUUUGGAGGGGUCCCCCGCCCCACUGGGCUCAGUUCAUCCCUCUGCCCUCCCGGGGCCACGGCAGGGGAUCUGUUCCAAGGUUGUCAAUGAUGAUAGUGGUGUCCAGCCCCCUGUAACCCACGUCCUGUUGAACAGUCACAUUAACAAAAGUUCGUGGAUGGCCACGAUCGCCGUGCGGUAUUUUUCUUUUUUCCUGUUUUUUUUUUUAAACGAUUUUCACAUGUGGAGGCAGAGGUGUUCUUAGACUAUCAUUUUAUGGUGCCUUGAAAUAAAAGUCCUUCCACCUGAAAUGCUA